AUGUCUGCUGGUUCAGUUCUCGUCACUGGUGGCACGGGCUACAUUGGCUCCUUCACCACCCUUGCCUUGUUGCAGGCGGGCUACAAGGUUGUUGUCGCUGACAACCUCUACAACUCCUCCGCUGAGGCUCUCAACCGCAUUGAGUUGAUCUGCGGCAAGAAGCCCGAGUUCGCCCAGCUCGAUGUCACCGACGAGGCUGCUUUCGACAAGGUCUUCCAGGCCCACCCCGACAUUGACAGCGUCAUCCACUUCGCUGCUCUCAAGGCUGUCGGAGAGUCCGGUGAGAAGCCGCUGGACUACUGGCACGUCAACGUCUACGGCACCAUCUGCCUUCUCCGCUCCAUGGUCCGCAACAACGUCACCAACAUUGUCUUCUCCAGCUCCGCCACCGUCUACGGCGAUGCCACUCGCUUCCCCAACAUGAUCCCCAUCCCCGAGGACUGCCCUCUGGGUCCCACCAACCCCUACGGCAACACCAAGUUCGCCGUCGAGACCGCCAUCACCGACCUGAUCAACGCUCAGCGCAACAACGCCACCAAGGCCGGCAAGGAGGCCGAGGCGAAGAAGUGGAACGGUGCCCUCCUCCGGUACUUCAACCCCGCCGGUGCUCACCCCAGUGGCAUCAUGGGGGAGGACCCCCAGGGUGUCCCCUACAACCUGCUUCCUCUCCUUGCCCAGGUUGCCACUGGCAAGCGUGAGAAGCUGCUCGUCUUCGGCGACGACUACGCCUCCCACGACGGAACCGCCAUCCGUGACUACAUCCACAUCCUCGACCUGGCCGACGGCCACUUGAAGGCCCUCAACUACCUCCGCGCCAACAACCCCGGUGUCCGUGCCUGGAACCUGGGUACCGGUAAGGGCAGCACGGUCUACGAGAUGAUCCGUGCCUUCUCCGCCGCCGUCGGCCGCGACCUCCCCUACGAGGUCGCCCCCCGCCGGGCCGGUGACGUCCUGAACCUCACCUCCAACCCCAGCCGGGCCAUCUCGGAGCUGGGCUGGAAGGCCGAGCACACCCUCGAGCAGGCCUGCGAGGAUCUCUGGCUCUGGACCCGCAACAACCCCGAGGGCUACCGGCAACAGCCCCCCGCCGAGCUCCUCGAGAAGCUCAAGAACUAA